AUGGCUGAAGUUCCUAGAGGACUCCGAGAAUGGGAACUGCAACAACAACUCUCCGCUAUCUUACCUCUGGGUGAAGGCGAAGUUUCGCAGAUUAUUUCUUACGUCGGCACACUUUCGACGCCAGAAGCUACUGUAUAUCUCCAUGAUCUACUCGGCGACUCUCCAGAGGCGUUGACAUUCGUCACCGGGUUCACCGAAAAGCGUGCAGGCAUCGACACUGGAGAGGGCGACGAUAUGGUGGUUAAUACAGACAGCAAGCCUGCGGUACGUGGUGCUGCCUUGCCAUCGAAAGGUCAGCCGCGCAUUCAAGCCGAUGCGGGGAGCAGCGACGCAAAGGAAACUGCCAUAACCGAUGGGAAGAGUAAAGAGCCGAACGUUCCCAACCCAGUCGGUCAAGCUGUCUCCUACGCCCCGCCACCAGGACCGCCACCACAACCCAAAAGGGUAGCCGCACAUCAUCACACAAACCCAGUCAUUGACGCUGCAAGAAUCCGCGCGCAAGAUGAGCAAGAAAUGCAGCAAAUGCUCCAGAAUCUACAGUUCCAGUACGGCAUCUACAACAGCGACAUCGAGCCCGAACAUGAUUCAGACUAUCCCUGCAGCUGCCCAAUUCACCAGUACCAGAGGAUUAAAUGGAGACGUUAUGGGGUUCAAGACAUGUGGUCACACGCUGUCAUGUAUCCAGGCGAAAAGGCCUACAACGACGGCACCUACAGCUACGGUGGAGGCAUGCGCCUCUCAAGUCGCAAUCCUUAUUCGUACCGCGUCGCAUCUCCUUACGGUUAUAAUCAAUUUGGAUGGGGUGGACCGGCCAGACCAAUCCCCUCAUGGCAUGAGAAGGUGAUCCAUCAAACCAUCGCACUGAAUAACUCCCUCAAUCGUGAAGCACAAGCUAGCAUCGAUGCCAAGGAGCCCCGGCACAGCAUCUGGGAUGACGACGGAGGGCUAGAAUCAGCGAUAUCAAACUUAGGUAUCAGCGACCAAAAAUUCCAGUACGAAGAGAUCGCGAACACUUCAUCCCACGGAGAGAAGCCGCCCAUCGUGAAACGCGCAAGCGUGGCCGACUCCAGAAGCGGCAGCAGUUCUCGCCUCUCGAGUUUCCGCAAAUCUAUCGGUAUUAAAUCCUCCGUGGAACGCGCCGUCGACAAGGCCAACAAGACUGUUUCCGAUGGCGCUUCCCUGCGCGAUCAGAUCCUCGCUGAAGAGCGCGGCCGUUGGCCAGAUGCGCAAUGGCGCCAUAUUGUGACCAACUACCAGGAGCGAGUUGGCAUGGCCAAGAAAAUUGCUCAGCUACGCGCACGUUAUCCAAUCCAGUACCUACAUUUACUGAGAGCGGGUUAUUUCGAACCAAUUCCCGUGGCAUGGGCGAACCAAGCAUCUAACCCGCUGAAGUUCAGCAUCGAAGCCGCGGCGGGGUGGAGAGGCAUCACACCCGCAUGGCGUGGGUACGAGGAUACCGCUGAAGAACGACUCUACUGGGUUCUGAAUCAUCGGGAGGCCCCUGGGGGCGAAUCCCGCACGAGAUUGAAGCCAGACUUCAUUUCCGCGAUGGAAAUGGCGCGCGCUCGGAUGGCGAGCGCCGUCGAGCCGCCACCACUGUAUUUUGCGGAGGAUGAUACCUGUCACGUGCAGCAUACCAGCGAAGGCUACUCGAAACAGGUCAUGCCGCCGCCCUUCCGGGCGUUCGAUCGGCCAGAGCUGCCAACUGACGAUACGAUGAUCCUUCUGGACGUGAGCGGGAGCAUGGAUUUUGAUCCUGUCAGGCCCGUGUACGACAGGUACCUGAUUACACAAUAUGUCAGGGGCACACAGCCGAAGAAUAAGCAUGUCGCAAAGGCAAUAAUCCGCCGAUUUACGGAUGCUAUGGCUCAGCAUGAUCAUCAGACCAGAAGCGAGGGAUAUGACUUGGUGACGUUCUCUACAUUCGCAACACAUAUUGGAAGGGUCAACCACUCCAACCUGAACGAUAUGUGGGCGUCUCGUGUACGGCUGGGUGGUGGAACUCGUGUCAUGACUGGAUGGCAGAAAUGCAAGGAACUACAUUUCCAGAAACACUCGGAAUCCGCCACACACCAUUCCGUGUAUGGUUGGCAGGCCGGUCCGCAAACGCCCAUGCUCCGGCUGUUGUUGCUGCUCGACGGCGAAGCAACUGACAUGGACGAAUUCGAGCUCGACCUGUUGGGUUUGUCCUGGGCACACGUGACGAUCUUCUUGGUCGGUGUCGAGGGUUGUCCCCAUCAUCAUAGGCACGCAAACGAGUUGCAGAGGAUCAGCGAGGUGAACCACCAUGUGAGUUUUGUGGAUGCACAGGGAAAUACGCCCGAGAGGUUUGUGACGCAUGAGUUGUUGAAGCGGCAUCUGGGGUAUGAGAUUAGUAUGCAGGAGUUUGAGGAUCUCGAGCGUCUGCCUGAAUAUAGUGCUGUGGCAUAG